AAUGACAACAGUGAAAAACUUUGAUGAUAAUGGUGGAUGGUGGAUGGCAAAAAUGUGAUUUAUCAGAUUAAAUACAAUUUUUGAAAACGUUUGUUAAUCAAUAAACAAUUCGCGUACAAGUAGGGCCGGCCCUAACGAUGUUGCAAACACUUUACUCUUGAGGUUCUUCUUUUCCUGUUGUUAUUUUUUUUCCUCUUAAUAUUGUUGAAGGUUUUAGUGUGUCAGACAAUUACUGUGAGUGAGUUUUCGCGGAAUAACGAGUUCGUCUUUCGUGUGUUGGAAAUGGCCCCAUUGCCCGAUAAUAAUAAAACCGAACAGGACAAUUUGGGCGACAAGUCAUCACAAAAAGAUGAGAAAAAAUUAUCAAACUUAAAUGAUCGAGAACUGAAAGCGUUACUGGACGAAGCAAUAAAUUACAAAAACCCCAAAGAUAGAGAAGGAAAAAGUGAACUUUUUAAUGAUCUUCUACUGGAGGCAGAAGAAAGCGAACGAAUAGCCCGUGCCACAUCAGCGGGUGGAUCGGAGCUGGUGCGACACUGCAACCAGCAGGCCCGCAGGCAAAGAGGCCACGGAGGGGGCCCGAGGGGGCGUCGCAGCGGCGGACCCACUGCGGGCCUGGGCAGGAGCGUUAGCGAACGGGGAACCCAUGGGGGUUCCUUGGAUAACUUGGCCAAAGAGGAACUGUAUGAGACGAGCAGGAGGUUGAGGGGCGUGAGGAAAUCUAGUACGAGCUCCAGCGGGGGAGCCUCGUCCGGGUUUUGCGGGAAUCAGGUGCGGGUCAGUGCCAGACAAAGGGAGGGGGGCAGUCUUCCCUGUAAUGUGAACUCGGGAGGGACCCCCAGGGACUUUAUGUUCUCGCAAGAGGAGUGCAAAAACAAGGAAAUGAAAGAGAGAGAGCACCCCGAGGACGUAGAGAAGGAGCGUCUGCUCGAGAACGACCUUCUUGCCAGGGGUUAUGAGGAGCGUUUAAUCGAUGGCGAACGGGCGUCAGGUAACGUGGAGACCCACAUAGUGACUGCCACCCCGAAGUACACCAGUAAGGCCACGUUGCAAAUUCAAUCCAAUCGUGUGACGGCCGUAGACGAGCCCAUACUCCUCGACCUGGACCCUCCUCAUCAGGAGAAGAAGAUCGUGGACGCGCAGUCGCUAAGUAACGCGGUCAACAGGAGCAAGUUCCAGGUGAUCAUCCCGGCUUAUCCGGCUGCCGGGAAAACGGUCGCGCUGGACGGUGGGGGGGAUAAGUUUUUCUAUUUUCAGAAAGUGGACGAGAACGGGAACGCCCUCCAUCAUCAUCAUCCUCAUCAUCAUCAGGCCAAAGAUCUUCAGAAGAAGAAGAAGAAACAGCAGACCGAUAAGAACGUCGUCGUUUUACGGUCGGAAAACAUCGAGGGCCACAAGUCCGAAAUAAUCCACAACGUGGACCGUCUGGUGCACUACAUCGAGGGUACCACCGAACUGAGAACCACCCGCGCGGUACAGUCGCGCGCAAAACAAUUGCAAAAGCAACACGUCACUGAGGAGGGGGGCGGAGGAGGAGGAACCACCGCCACCCCCACCACCACCACCUCCAACGUCAGAAACAGGAAAAAACAAAAGUCGAAAGAUUUGGAGGAGGAGGAGGAGGAGAAGGGGGAGGUUCGGUCCGAGCUUAAGAAGAGCAAUUCCCUCGGGGAAAUCUCCGGUAUUAAACUGGACCGACAGUUUAGUCCCUUUGGGGGUGGAAAAGUGAAAAAAGGGGAUGAGGAGGAGGAGGGUGGUGCUGCGGUGGUGGUGGUACUGAGGACCAACAAGUCGUUAACGGACAGGGCGAGGGAGCGCAGGUCCUGGGGUACCGUCGAGCCGCUGUACAGCGCCUCCUCGUUGGAACAUUUGGAAACCUCCACUGAUAACUGGGAGGUCACCAGACCGAAGAAGAAGAACAAAAAGCGACGAAACAGUGUGAGCAGUACGAGUAGCGUGAGACAAACGACGUCGUCGUCGAUCAGCGGCGUUUCGUCCCUGGUGAGUCCCGAUGAUGGUCGUGGCGCCCGGAGGGCCCGUUCGCCCAAUUUAGGUUCCGCGAUAGUCGGCGGUGCGUGUAACGUGAAGAAAACGAGGUCGAUGCCGCAUAGCGAAAGGAGUAACGACUCGUCAUCGGAUGUCGAUUCGGUGCAUUCGUUACCGUUGGACGGGCCGAUAUCUUAUGCCGAUAUAGUUGUUUCAGCUAAAAAUAGCGAAAAGAAGAAACCGAGCCCGGAAAAGCAACAGACGUCGAAUCCGGUGAACGCGGCGCCCGACGUGCACAACAUCAAGAGUUUCCCCGCGAUACCCGGGGGCGAAAAGGGCGACGACACCACUGUGAUGUCAUCCGUGGUCGAAACGUCGACCCCAGAGGGAAAACGUCCCGCCCACCCCAAAACGGUGAAAAAACCGACGCAGGGGGGCGCGAGGGGCGACGACGUCCCCGGCAACGACACAUCGUUCUUUUCGCAGUUAAUGCGGGAUUCGACGCUGCAGUACCGGUCGCAACGGAUGCCCCCGGACAUCGUGGACGUCUCGACUAUUGAAAAGAUGCAACUGAUGAACUGUCCCGGAAUAAUUGACAACUUUCCGGUUACACCUGUAACACCCGAUCCGCCACCCCCGCACCACCGCCCCCUGGGGGGGGCCUCCUCGGCCCCCUGUAAACGGAAAAAGGGGCCCGCGGCCUCCUCCGACCACAUCCACGUCAUACAAAACUGCGACGACGCGUCUAUCUGUGAUACUAGUUUCGACGAGACGAAGCGGGGCGGCGUCAGCACCAAUAAAAUGGUCAACGGAAUCUCCGGGGAGGACACGCCCCCCGCGGUGGUAAUUUUAUCAUCGGGGCCGACUAGGGACGCGCCCCCGCCCUCCGGUCUGGUCUUCGGUUUCGAUAUAAACGAGCAACUUUUACUGGAGGACAGCGAAGGACAAACGAGUAGUGAGAAUAAAAUCGGUGAUAUCAGCAUAGAACUGUUGGCCUCCCUCGGUGACAGGUGGGCCCAGAGAUACAAGCCCCCCACCCACGACGGGUUCACGAAGCAUAACCAUGACAAGAUCGUUCAGUUUAUUGCCGAAGCCUGGGAGGACGUACUGAACCAAAAAAUCCAGUACUACUCGCACGGUUUAUAAAAGAACCGACGCCGCCUCCACUCUACGUGUGCGUGCAAGUGAAACAAACAAUACGAAGUGCUUCGAUAUACAAAAAAAACAAAAUAUAUAUUUAUGUGGUUCUCGUAAACAUGCCGAGGAGUGCGUCUCAUACUAGUCAAAGGAAGUGGGCAUGCGCGGUUUAUUUAUUAAAUCGCGAACGUACUUAAGACGUUUUUUCAAUAAAAAAAAAUCCAGCGCCGGAGGGGAGGGGGGGGGGGGCGGGAAGGCCCUAUUAAUUUAUUAUUAUUGUUUUUUAGCUUAAGAAUGAUUAAAUAAAAAGUCGAUGUGACACAGGUCGGGUCGGAGGGCGGGCCUGUCGCCUCGCUCUUCCGCCUCGUUCUAUAACUCGGUUUUUACGGCCCGAAAACACGACGUUUCGGGGGAAAAGGUCACCGUCAGGUCGCACACUGAAUCGAUUUUUUUUUUUUCGACCUGCCUGACGAUGGUCCCCCCAGUUGGGAGAAACGCGCGUUAACUAGACUGGAAGUAUUCAUUUUUUUUUAUAUUUAAAUUGAAACGCCCAGUAAAACUUUCUUUUUUGUUUAAUUUGAAAAUUAAUAACCUUGUUAGGUCAAAAAAAUUCGACCUUGUCAAGGUCAUUCGUUCGGUUCAAAUGUCAUUUCGACCCCCCCCGGUAACGGGAGAGGGGGGACGACGACCUCGUCAAAGUCAUUAUGAAAAAAUACACAAAACAAAAAACUGGAUAGUGCCUCCUUGAGUAACUUUUGAAAAAUCAAAAGUUACCUCCUCGAAGGAGUUUAAACGCUUUCGGGCCGUAAAACUUGAGUUAUUUAGCAAACGUGCCAUCUACAUACCAACAAUUGAUUAAUUAAUUCAUUAAUCAGUCCACAUCGGUACGAUGCCGAUGGAGGUUAGAUCGGGUGAUCGGGAGGGCCCUAAAAAGUUCCCAUUGUUAUUUCAGGGUUUAGAUGGCACAGUUUUCAUGAGUGUCCGAGAGAGAAGAGAAAAAACAACAAAAAAAAAAAAAAAAAGAAGCAAAUAUUGUGAUCUUAUAUUAUAAGAUAAUUUAUGCUUUAUUAUAAUUUAGGCUGGAAAAAAAAAGAAGAAGAAUAAAGAUCGUUUGUAUAAUAAUAAUAUAAAUAGUGUACAAAAAUGUGUAUAUAAAAAAACAGAGUAAAAGUGAGGUUUACUCUCCUGAAAGAGAUUUUUUUGGGUUAAAUUACAUUAACGGGCUCGUUCAUUGCUAUUCGGGGUCAUUAAAACGUCCCCCGAGAUAUGCCGAUGCGUGAAAUCGGAAAAACGGAUUAUUUUUAUUUACAGAUUUUAUUGGUUUAAAAAUAAGAUUAUUAUUAAAAUUUGCUUUUUAGCUAUAAAUCUAA